GUUGGAGCCUUUUCCGGGGGUAGGUUUUAUCUCAGCCCCGCGAGCAUGGCGGUGCCCGUCUGACCUCAGGGAGCCCGCUGGAAAAGCGAGCCGCGUCGUCCAUUUGAGAUGCUUCAUGAUGAGUGUAAGCCAAGAUACCUUGAAAGUCAAGAUGCAUCAGCAACAGAGCCCUGUUCUAAAAGGAUGAAAUCAACAGAAGAGCCUUAUGGUAAAACCUAUGAUGGCUUGCAAAGACUUCAUGAAGAAAUACAUGUUAAAAAAACCCAUAGUGGGUUUAUUCCUUUGUCCAUUUCUGAUGAAGAGGCACAAAAUGAAAAAGAAACUGCAGAAGUAAAGGCAUUCAUCAUGGGUAAAAUACCAGUGUCACCAGAGCCUUCAAAGUCAGUAAACAAUACUGAGAUUACAAGAAACAAAAGUUUUUCUCCUUCCAAUACCAAUAUACGUAAAAACAGAGAAGACAAUGACUCCAUCAAAGAACAUAAGAAUGAAGAGAAAGAAUUAUAUAGUACAAGCAAAGCCUUUAUUGGACCCAUUUAUAAAAGUAAAGCUGAUUGCAUACGUGAUCAAAGGAAAAAGAGAGAAAUGGUGCCUAAACAGGCUCUCCCUGGUGAUGUGCCAAAAAUAGAAGAUGAAUUGUCCCAAUUCUAUAAUGAAAUUGAUCAGCUUGAAAGUGAUGAAAAUCGUUUUGAUAGUCACUUACAGGGGACAGAAACAAAUUCACUUGGGGAAUAUAAUAAAUGGAAUCCAAUGGCUUGUGUAAAUUCUCAAGAAUGGUCAUGUAGAACAUCACCUGGUGGUGAUCAGUGUUUUUAUAAUAAUGCACCAAGUGAUCAUAGAAUAGGCAGUGAACAGUAUCCAUACAAUGACCCAUCGGGUCACAGGAGUGACAACAGACGGUGUUGUAACAAUGAAAGAGAUGAAUGGGAAAUGAGACAAUUAUGUAACAAACAGGAUAGUUCUAGAUUCUGGAAUGAUUCUGUGUCUCAGUUAAGGCCUAGUUGGCAAAACACACAUCCUUUUAUAAUACCUUAUGGCCCACCACCUCCUCAAUUCACUCCUCGUUUUAAUUUUCAGGAACCUAAUUCUUCAUCACUUCGUUCAGAUACUUUCCAUCCCCCAAAUGUGGGACCAUUCAAAAAUAGCCAUGUUAACAUGAGUAGUGCAACAUCUGAUGAAAAUAAUGCCUAUCAUUUUAGUAAUCAUAAUAUACAGCCCACCAGAAAUGGAUAUAACAUGCCUGAUGGACACAUGGAUAAUGGUUUCUGUGAAACUCGACCAUGUUGGAAAGAAAUUAAAACUUAUCCAGAUGAAGGAUCAAGCAACGUUUCUCAGCAGUUUCCAGAGGGCAAGUUAUAUGAGUCACAAAAGCUGCUUCUGAUUUUAAGAGGUCUUCCAGGCUCAGGGAAGACAACAUUAUCUCGUAUUCUGCUUGGUCAGAGUCGUGAUGGCAUAAUAUUCAGCACUGAUGAAUACUUUCGGCAGAACAAUGGAUGUUGGUCAUAUAAUGUUGGUCAACUAGGUGCUGCUCAUGACUGGAACCAGAAGAGAGCAAGACAAGCAAUGGAUCAAGGAAGAUCCCCAAUUAUAAUAGACAACACUAAUACACAAGCCUGGGAAAUGAAACCUUAUGUAGAAGCGGCUCUAGAAAAGGGCUACCGAAUAGAAUUCCAUGAACCAGACACAUGGUGGAAGUUUGACCCAGAAGAAUUAGAAAAGAGGAAUGAACAUGGGGUCAACUGUGAGAAGAUUGUUCAAAUGUUGGAAAGAUACGAAUAUCAAAUAUCAAUACCCAUUGUCAUGAAUUCGGUCCUGCCUUUUCACAAAACUUCACAGUGGCCACCUCCACAAAGAAGACAGAGGGAGUCGGUUGUAAAGAAGAAGUACAGGUUGCACAAGAUGAAACAGAGGAGGAAGCAAAAGAGGAACAGAAGAAUGAAGGGUGCUACCAUGAAAGCUAUGGGGAAAACGUCAGGUGGACAUUUCACUCCAAGUGAUGAAGAGUCAUCACAGAGUGGCCUGGAAGAUUCAGAAGACAAUGGAAAAUCAGCAUAUGUGAUUGGGCACCAGAAUGAGCUAAAAGAAUGUGUUGAGAGUGACUCUGCCAAUGAUAACAGUCGAACACAUAGUGAGUUGCAAGAAGGAAGUGUCAUUGUUUCUGAUAUGGUGGAUCCAGUGCUGGACAAUUCAUUAAAAAGGAAAGCUUUUGCAGGAGACGGUAGUCUACCUCUAAUGCAUUUGCCAUCUGCUCCUAAUGAAAACAGAACUGAACAAUCAUUCAGUGAUCAUUUACCUAAUGAAAUUAAAAAUGUAAACUUUGUAGAAGGCAAGAGCAACGACUUGGAGUAUGAAAAGCACAGUUCUCUGAAGUUGGACCACGUUACUGAAAAUAGUACAAAAAUACUGACAAAUAGGGAAGACAAAGACGAAGCUGCAUCUACUGAAGUCAUACUUGAAUCUGGCCCAGAAAGGAAACUGCUCAGCGAUGAGGAAAAAUUAGCCGCUCCUCAUCUUCCUGGGCCGUCAAAAAAUAAUGAGGGAAAUACCUGGGCUUUCUUUUCUAUCGACUUGGCUGACAAACAGCCCCAAGCCAUCUUGGACAAAAGUGAUUCCUGUUUGACUUGGCCUGAUGGUACAUCUAAGAUCAUGUAUGAGCAAAGGCCAAAGAGGGAGAGGAGGCCCAAGCAAGUAUUUUCAGGAAUGACAGGAGAAUUGAUUGAAUGUCAUCCUAAUAAAGAAUUAGUGAAAGGAGAAGUGUUACAUGGAAAUAACAGUAUAACAGAUGGCGCUCAAACACCCCAGCUAACAGAGAACAUCCAUAGAAUGCCAUGCCCUGGGACAGGUGAAUUCAUGACAGAACCUAAAACUAAAACCAGUGAUCCAAACAAUGUAAGCCUUUUAGCUACACCAAGGAAAAAAGGAAGAUGCAAAAGGAUCUUCAAGUUGGCCCCUAGCUUUGGUUUACCCAGACAGAUUCCGGUUAGAAAAGACGAGCAAGUACUAAAGGAUAUUGUUGUAUUGGUGGAACAAGAGGAGACUUCAAGUGAAGAGGCUAGAGAAAAGAACAAGCAAAGCCUUGGCUGCUAUGAACGUCCAGUACAUUCUAGUUAUGAUUUAGUAAUAGAAUCAUCUCAUCUUGAUGUAGAACCUCUCUUAUGUAAAUAUUCCAGCCAAUUUGCACAGAAAUCUAUGGACUUUUCAACAAAAGUAGUCGCUCCUCCAAUUCAGAUAUGUACUUAUGUGUCUUGUAGAGCUUCAUUACCUAGCGAACAGCAAGUUGUUGCUUUUGAUCAAGCUGUGGAAGCUAACACACAGGAAAAGAGGGAGAACGUAUCUUCAGAUGUUUCAACUACUCAGCCAGAUAUUUUGUGUUCGGUUCAAGAAACAGACUCUUCUGCUGAAAACUCUGAAAAGAUACAAGAAGUUAAUGAAACUGAGCAGCCGGAGUAUUCCCCAAUCAAAUACGAACAAUAUCCUUUGAAAAUGAAAGCCAGUGUUUUGGGGCUUCCUUUAUCCCUAGGAUUUGCAUUUCAACUAGUAGAACAUUUUGGUUCUCCAGGAAUUCCACUGGACACUUUAUUACCAGAUGAUUAUGUAGUUCCCCUUGAUUGGGCAACAUCAAAGGAGAUCUAUUUACUGUGGAAGACAUCUGUGGAGAAGAAGCAGAAACCUAUCAUAUCAAAAGAAGACAGCUCCAUACCUGCUGGUGAAACUGCCGAAGAAGGUUCAAAUAAAGAUGAUCAAGACAGAAAAGCAUCUCCCGAAGCCAAUCCAUAAAUGCACUUGGAAGAAGACCCUUACUUUGUCAAAUAAUCCGAGCAACGAUGGUGGCGUGUUCUGAACUUUUGUCUAAAAAUUAAAUAUCAGCAUAAUGUGCAGAAAGGUACAACACGGAAUUUAUUUAUACACAUAUAUAUACAUGAGAAGAUCUAUUUCCAACCUGUGUUUCCAUUUUCUGGUUAACUAUAGGCAUCUAUCUUUCUGUAAAUGAUUAUCCAUAGACUGGGCUCCAUUGGAUGGUGAUAUAGCUCCUGCUACAUUAUUAUCUCAGCUGCUGAGAGCAAAUGUUUAGAUUGGGAUACAAUAUCAUAUCAGAGUGGCAAAUAGUAAAAGGAACUAUUUGCUUUACUUAAAUAAGGCAGAUUUUAUAAGCUUUAAAUAUUGAUGCUAUUAUUUUUUUCCUCAGAUGUUGGAUUCCAUCUGAUAGCAGCCCUACACAUUACAACAAAUUAUGAAAGGGAAAAGUGCAAGGCUCGAGAUCAUAUGACCUCGAGAGCAAGAGCUCCCUUUUUCCUUUCGAUAUUGAGUGUACAAGUGCUGCGUGUGCGUACUGCACAUAAACAAAUCAAUCUUAAUCUUUUAAUAUGGAGGUAUUAUUGGCAGUAAUAGAACAUUUUUGCAAAGUCAUGCUUAAGAUGUUUACCUCCUCUUCAGUUAAUAUUCCACAGUCUGGGUGAAAAAUUUCUGGCAUCUGACCACCCAGUUGGGAAGGCAUGUAGCCUUAGGUUUAUUUUUGAUUCAUUUUUUUAAUCCAUAGCAUAAUUGUGUCACUUCUGCCUGUAUCAAUUGCAAAAAUAUAGCCCUUUCUAUCUGUUACCUCGGGAAAACUCUGGUCCAUGUCCCGGUCAUUUCUUACACUUUCCCAAUCUCUUCCUCACUGGUUUUCCAUUGUCUUAACUUGGUCCCUUUGCAUCUAUUCAGCUUUCUGAGUGCCAAAAUAAUUCACCAUUCUCAUUGUCCUAAUCAUAAGAUGCCUCUCCUUAGAUCAGUGGUCAGCAACCUUUUUCAGCCAUGGGCUGGUCCACCAUCUCUCAGACCAUGUGGUGGGCCAGACUAUAUUCUGAAAAAAAAAAA